UUUGUUUUGACUUCCAGACUGGAUGAGAGGCACCACGUGACUGUAUGUGUGUGUGUGUGUGUGUCUCUCAGCUCUUUCACGCUGAUGUGUUUAAUCUCAGUGAGUCUCUGCUUCCUGACAGUGUUGAUGUGAAUCAGUGUGUGUGUGUGUGUGUGUGUAGUGUAACAGGAGACUCUCUUUAGUCCCCUCUCUCUGUCUUUGUCUUUAUGUUCUAUAUAUAACCCUGUCAGCCCUCUGGCGCCCCCUACUCUCCUGGGGUACUAAGCAGAUGCCCUUUGAUGAGCAGUGUGUUCCUGAGAUGAGUGUCACUGUAUACAGCGGUACCUGAGUUUAAUCCGCCCCAGAGACGCAUCCUUACUGUGAAAUGUAAAUAAUGUACAUACAGAUAAUCUGUUCCAGUCUACUAAAAAAUAUCACCAGUACAGUACACCCCCCUCGACUUAGCAUCGAGUUCCGUUCCAGAAGCAUGUUUGUAAGUCAGAUUUGUUCAUAGGUCUGACAAAGGAGUCUCAACACGAAUAUGCAAUGUAAAAAAAAAAGCAAAGGCACAGAUUUGGUGUUCUGGUUCCACACAAGACGGCGCCUCCAGAUCGUGAGGGGAAUCCCAGCGACACAACAGAGUCAGCUGACCUCAUUCAAAGGAAGCGCUGUGUUUACAGGAAGCUACAGAGUGUUUACCGCGUGCCUGAACAGACAGCGUUCUGUCUCGGAGCUGUUCUCCACUGUAUUGGACUGUGUCUCCUAGAGGGUUUUACAAAAUUAGGAUUCUUCUCCAUCAGGACAAUUUUCUAUCAACAUGCUCCCAGACUGAUUGGCUGAAACCGGUGAAAUGCCGACGUGCUGGCUCGUUCCUGACGAUGAGAGACAUAAACCCAUCCAGCUCCUCCAUUAUCACACACACACUCUGGGUCGAGGUCCAGAAACCAAGAUUAAAGACCAGAAGUGCUCCAGACAGCAAGUCGAGCUGAGAGCAGAUUGUAACCGAGGAGUCGUCAGUGUGAAGCAGUUGGGCAGCAACCCUACCAGCCUGGACCAUGUGGAGGUGGGCAGGGGCAAUCAGGUGACCUUUAAACCCGGACAGAAGCUCUACAUGGUCAAUGGGCUUCACCCAUACACACUACAGUUCAGGGAGGAGACUUCUUCAUCUUCAUCAUCAUCAUCAUCACCAUCAGAAGUGAAACACAACCCGCUGAAGAGAGCGCGGCAGGAGAGAGACGCCGAUGAGGAGAGACACCAGGACGUGGAGAAGAGCUGCAGGGUCUCAGCGUCGUCCUGUUCACACACACCUGAGAAGGAACCUGCAGGUCACUGGAGUCAAGGGCUCAAAGGCUCCAUGCAGGACCCGGACAUGCAGGUGUACAAAGACGAGAAGGUGGUGGUGAUCAAGGACAAGUACCCCAAGGCCCGGUUCCACUGGCUGGUCCUGCCCUGGAGCUCCAUCUCCAACCUGAAGGCCCUGAGGUCCGAGCACGUGGAGCUGCUGAGACACAUGGAGCGCGUCGGGGAGCGCACGGCGCGGCGGUGUCCCGGGUCCGGAACGCUACGCUUCCGCCUGGGCUACCACGCCAUCCCCAGCAUGAGUCACGUCCACCUUCACGUCAUCAGUCAGGACUUUGAUUCUCCGUGUCUGAAGAACAAGAAACACUGGAACUCCUUCACCACAGAGUACUUCAUCGAAUCUCAGGACGUCAUCGGGAUGUUGGAGAGAGACGGCCGAGUGUGUGUGAGGGACGGCGCCGCCGAGCUGCUGAAGCUGCCACUGCGAUGCCAUGUCUGCCACGCCCAGUUUCCCACCAUGCCCAAGCUGAAGGAACACAUCCGAGUUCACCUGCCGUCCUGAAGACCAGACGAGACGGGGGACGCGUGGUGACGGGCGUGUCCCAGCCUGCCGCGGAGGUUCACGAGCGGGAGUGACGUUACGGGUUCGGUUCUAGAGCCGCGUGUUUAAUGUUGUGUGUUUGAGGUUGAAAUAAAAAGUUGAUA